AUGAGAGGUACUAUAGUAAAACAAGAGGUAUCAAAUCCAGAGACAAAAAAAAGAAACAAGAAACCAUUACCCGAUGAAACAGUGGAAGAUUAUUUGGAGAGAUCAUGCGGUCAGGUGGAACUUACAGAAGAAAUGCAGGAUAAACUAAAAUCGUGUGACCCAGAUAUAACAGAAAAAGACAUGUGCAAAAUGUAUUCAAAAUUAUACAAUGAACAUAUAUCAAAUUUUCGUCAUCUUGUUGAAUGCUUGAAGACGGCAACUGAUAUGUUAGGAACUAAUUAUAAACAAGACCCAAGUUUUCAAAAAAAAUGCUGGUUUCAUCAAUAUAAUAAACUUGGAAGAGAUCUUAUAAGACUAUCAGAUAAUGAUGAUGAUGGAGGCUUAAAAGUUUUUUUACAAGAAAAAAAGACCUGCAAAACAAGUGAUUUCACCAAAUUUUUAAAUGAUAGGAUGAAGACGUGGAACGCCUUUAUUAAGGAAAAAAAAAAAGUAGCCUACGCCGAAUUGAAGGAAGCUUUACAAAGUGGUACAUUGAAGAAAAGUAAAGGCAAAAAAUGA